CACGUUCGUCUGUAGCUGUACACCAACUAGCCACAACCACCUGACGAGGGACUUAAAGUGCUACUUAAAAAUUCCACUCCGACGCAUGCUGCUGCUAGCUAGCAGGCGGUUUUAAAAGAAAUGUGAAGUUAACUUUUUGUGUCUCGAUUUUCUUUAAACACAAUGCAGGCCAAGGGAUUUGCUGUAGUCCACCACCAGUAAAGGUAACGGUACGUUAUCUUAGGUAGGUAGCCUAGUAGCAAACUUAACGCUAACUAGUUAUGUUACGGACAACUAGCUAGCUUGCUAACGAUUGGUUAGCAGUUGCUAACCGCAUUAACCUAGUUAGCAAAAUACAAUAAAAAGUUAAAUCUAAAUAGCUAAUGUUAGAUACAUCGCCAAAUACGAUUUAGGCGUUUGUUGCCAUUUAGCUAACUAGCUAGCUCGUUAGCUAGCUAGGAAGUUGGCUGGCUAGAUAGCUAGCUAGGAAGUUGACUGGCUAGCUUGGUCAGAUCAGUUGUAUGGUAAUUUUUAUAGCCCAUGUAUGUAUUGGAAAGACACGGGUAGUCGCAAAUUGGUGAAUUAUAUAUUUUUAGCAGUCUGACAGCGAGUCUGAUUCCCGGGUGGGUCUGAAAAAGAAUUUACAGUAUUUAUCAAUAUUAAAUAAAUGACCAAUUGCUGCUGGUGACUGGUUGUACCGUAAAGUGAUGUUGACAUUACUUUUUUUUAAUAAGUUGUUCUGUCAUAUCUAACAAUCGACUGUUCUCAGUUUAGAGAUUGUCAUCAGGGCUUUUUGACGAGUUUGUUUUUGUAGUUUAUUGGUGCAAAAUGGAUGUUAAGAUGGAGGACGAUGAAGCAGAGAGAUCCCAAGUAACCAUUUGGUCUGAUUCAAUUAAUGCCUGCAUAGAUUACCCACAUUCUCCAGUGUCAGGAAACACAGAAACAAGUUAUCUGGAAACCAAAACCAAUUCAACAUAUGAACAUGACUAUACAGUGAUCCAAACUACCAACAAUUUAUCAGACAGUUAUUUUCCUUCUGAGAUUGAUGUAAAGCUUGAGGAGAAUGACAUGGGAAUAUCCCCAACUGUCCCAUGGUCUUCAUGUUCCUAUGUGGGUUUACCAAAAGAGCAUUCACAUGUACCUUCCAUCAGUUCCCAAACAACAAGUCAAGGGCAGAUUUUACGUCUUUUCCCUGAAAAGACAUGCACAAGUGAUGGGGAGAAUAACGCUGUCAAAAUGGUUUAUUUCUGUAAUGCCCAAGAUCCCGUUAGUACAUCUGAAGGGCAUUUUCUCAAAGAGGAGUCAUGGCAUGGAUCACCGUCCAGUGAUAUUCCCAUAGCAAAUGCAUUCACCCUAUGUGGUUCAUUUGAAGCUCAAAUCAACCCAUCUUCACAGGUGUUUAGCAUAAACCAAACCCAGACCAAUAUUGAAUUGCCAUUGCCUGCUGAAAAUGUUCAUCUAGCAAGAUAUAGUACUGACAUUACUUCUGUGCUAACCUCGCCUGCUACAGAAAGCGGAUGUAAUUUAGCUGUAUCUACUAGAUCGAGGCCUAUUCUUUCUGAUUACUGUGAGCCAUUCAACUUUCCUUCUGAUGAAGACGAAGACUACAAUGGCGAUGGAAGACGAAGACUUCAAUGCCAAAAAACAGUAGAGGAUGAGUAUAUACGGCAGUGUCGUGUCAGUUACUCAAGAAAAAUCCCAAGACAUUUUGGAAAGUUUUCGAAAGCUCCAUACAAGAAGUGCAAGGAAAUGGGUGUAGUUUUCAAUGUUGGAUCUGGAGCGAAACAGAAACUUGAUCGUCAUUUACUGACAAAUGGUGUAAUGGCUGAGGUGUCUGAAUAUGCUAAAGAGAUUAAAAGAGCUCACCGGCAUGUUAUCUAUGAUAUUCUAGAAUACAACUUUGAUCUUGGUGUUGGUAGUGAAUUACAAUUUGAUUUUUGCAGCCGGAUUAUGUUAAAACUAAAAGAAAUGAUGAAAAAGAAUUACAAGAGGACACAACCUGGAUGGUUAGCAGAAGUGUUUGAAUUUCCUGAUCCAAAGACAAUGAAAGCAACUAACUACUCUCGUCAAUGGGCAAGGUCCAAUUUGCAUAACAGCGUCUCAAAAAAUCUAACACCCUUUGACAUCUGUAUAAAGGAGGAGCCUGUUGUGGACCUGAUAUCUCCUCCGCAUGUGAAGACUGAAAGCCUCUUUACUGAGACAGUUUUAACACGGUGUGCGGAUGAGACCGCACUCUUUGGUCCUGAAAAUGGACCUCAUGAAAUAUGCACAAAGGAUGAGGCUGAUCUGGCUGUGAUCUAUCCUCAACAUGUCCAGACAGAAAGCGUCUUCACUCAGACAGACAUAAAAAUGGAGGAAUCCUUAAUGAUGCCCACAUUAGAAGAAGCAUUGGAGUACCUCUACCCUCUCUGUAAGGAAAAAGGACUUGACCUGGAUGUGAAAUCUAAAUGUGUGAAAAAGGAGAAACUUGACUUGCAUCUAUUGACCAGAGAUGUAAUGUUUGAAGUGGCUGAUUUUGCUUCAGACGUGUGUGGAAAUUACAGGCAGAUUGUCUGUGAUGUUCUAGACCAAAAUUUUGAUCUGGAUUUACAACGUGGGAAAACUGAGCUGGCUCAAGAGAUUAUGGUUGCGUUAGCAGCAGUUAGGCAGAGAAAGACACAUUUACAUGGUCAAAAGAGAUGUGAAUUUUACAAGGAUACUUUCAUGAAAAAAUGUCGCAAACGAAAGAAUCCUGCAGAGAUUUGCAGUAACCAGAAUUUCACUACAUCAUCACUUGAGCUGAAAUACCGAAGACGGAAAGAAGUAACAAAAAGGAGGAGGUUGGAUUUAAUGAGAAAAAAAAAAGAAAUGGACAUGUUAUUAGCCAGGGUGUCGAAGGGAGGCGAUUUGCUGGAAGUCAGACAAGUAGAACCUCAUUGGGUCAAGCUAGAGAGCAUCUCUGAUAAGAUUGACCUUGCACUUUGUGCUGAUGAAACGAAGCAAAAUGUUACCAACUUAGACCAUUCAAAUGUGACGUUUAACACCAAAGAACUGGUGAAAGACUGCUACCCACUCUGUCAUGAAAUAGUUCUGGGCCUUGAUGUUGCAUCCAAACCUGCAUUCACUCACUGUGGUUAUUUUGAAGCUCAAAUCAACCCAACUUCACAGGUGUUUAGCAUAAACCAAACCCAGACCAAUAUUGAAUUGCCAUUGCCUGCUGAAAAUGUUCAUCUAGCAAGAUAUAGUACUGCCGUUCCUUCUGUGCUAACCUCACCUGCUACAGAAAGCGGAUGUAAUUUAGCUGUAUCUACUAGACCGAGGCCUAUUCUUUCAGAUUAUUGUGAACCAUUCAACUUUCCUUCUGAUGAAGACGAAGACUACAAUGGCGAUGGAAGACGAAGACUGCAAUGCCAAAAAGCGGUAGAGGAUAAAUAUAUACGGCAGCGGCGUGUCAGUUACUCAAAACAUAACCCAAGAGAUUGUGGAAAGUAUUGGAAAGCUCCAUACACGAAGUGCAAGGAAAUUGGUGUAGAUUUCAAUGUUGGAUCUGGAGUGAAACAGAAACUUGAUCGUCAUUUACUGACAAAUGGUGUAAUGGUUGAGGUGGCUGAAUAUGCUAAAGCGAUUAAAAGCGCUGAACAGCGUGUUAUCUAUGAUAUUCUAGAAUACAACUUUGAUCUUGGUGUUUGUAAUGAAGUACAAUAUACUUUUUCUGCCCGGACUAUGGCAAAACUAAAAGACAUGAAAAAGAAUUACAAGAAGAUACAACCUGGGUGGUUAGCAGAAGUGUUUGAACUUCCUGAUCCAAAGACAAUGAAAGCAAGUAACCUCUCUCUUACAUGGGCAAGGUCCAAUUUGCAUGACAGCGUCUCAGAAAAUCGUACACCCUUUGACAUCUGCAUAAAGGAGGAGCCUGUUGUGGACCUGAUAUCUCCUCCGCAUGUGAAGACUGAAAGCCUCUUUACUGAGACAGUUUUAACACGGUGUGCGGAUGAGACCGCACUCUUUGGUCCUGAAAAUGGACCUCAUGAAAUAUGCACAAAGGAUGAGGCUGAUCUAGCUGUGAUCUAUCCUCAACAUGUCCAGACAGAAAGCGUCUUCACUCAGACAGACAUAACAAUGAAGGAAUCCUUAAUGAUGCCUACAUUAGAAGAAGCAUUGGAGUACCUCUACCCUCUCUGUAAGGAAAAAGGACUUGACCUGGAUGUGAAAUUUAAAUGUGUGAAAAAGGAGAAACUUGACUUGCAUCUAUUGACCAGAGAUGUAAUGUUUGAAGUGGCUGAUUUUGCUUCAGAAGCGUGUGGAAAUUACAAGCAGAUUGUCUGUGAUGUUCUAGACCAAAAUUUUGAUCUGGAUUUACAAAGUGGGAAAACUGAGCUGGCUCAAGAGAUUAUGGAUGGGUUAGGAAUGGUUUGGAUGAGAAAGACACAUUUACACGGUCGAAAGAGAUGUGAAUUUUACAAGGAUACUUUCAUGAAAAAACGUUGCAAACAAAAGAAUUCUGCAGAGUUUUCCAAUCACCAGAAGGCCACUACAGUAACACUUGAGCCGAAAUACCAAAGACUGAAAGAAGUAACAAAAAGGAGGAGGUUGGCUUUAAUGAUGAAAAAAAAAAGAAAUGGACAUGUUAAUAGCCAGGGUGUCGAAGGGAGGCGAUUUGCUGGAAGUCAGACAAGUAGAACCUCAUUGGGUCAAGCUAGAGAGCAUCUCUGAUAAGAUUGACCUUGCACUUUGUGCUGAUGAAUCGAAGCAAAAUGUUACCAACUUAGAUAUGUGAAGUUUAACACACAAAUGGGUUUAAGAGUGCUACCCGAUCUCUCAUGAAAUAGGUCUGGACAUUGAUGUUGCAUCCUAACCUGCAAAAACGAAACUGGAAUUGAAUUUUCUGACUAACAGUGUCGUUAUCGAGGUUCAUACAUACUUGCGUAAGAAUCGUUGAGGUAAGAUUGGAAAAGAUGGGUGGAUAUUUUGUUUGCUCUCUGAUAUUCUAGAAUACAAUUUUGAUCGCAGUUUGCAAAAUCAGAGACGUUAUCAAGCUCAAUUAUGUAUUUAGAGUAAAGUGACGGUUCGAAAACACAAACCUGAGCUCUUGGGAAAGGGUCAAAUGUCGAAAGAAGUGUUCAUAAUACCUAAUGUGAUUUCAAAGCCGUGCAACAACAAAAAAAAACAGUGCUUUCAGAUGAUUUACCUAAAGGAAUGUCAAAGAAUUCUCACGGAAAACCAUGGAACAAGAUGCAAGACUGGUAUAUCCUAAUCAUGGCAAACACUAUCGCCACGAAGAGCAUUUAAUCAAAGAUUGUUCAUGGAAUGGCUCAACGCCAAUUGAUAUUCUGAUAGGAAAUGUAUUCAGCCUCCCAGAAUUGUCACUACGCAUUGCAGAAAAGGGUUCUUUUGAAAGUCAAGUCAACCCAACUUCAGAUAUUUAGCCAAACACCAACUGAACGACAAGAUCAGGCCAAUAAUCUCCCGAAACAUGGUACUGCCAUACCUUUUGUUCUAUCCUCAUCUGCUACAGAAAUCGGCUGCAAUGUAGAACUACCUACUAGUCCUCCUCUUUCAGCCAAUUGUGAAUCAUUUGAACUUUCCCUCUGAAGUCUUGAAUGUCAAAACUGUAGAGGAUGAAUAUAAACUCAGCAGAAAAAGAAAUGUCCUCUCACUGUCAACUGCAUUUAUUUUCAGCAAACUUAACGUGUAAAUAUUUGUAUGAACAUGAUUCAACAACUGAGACAUAAACUGAACAAGUUCCACAGACAUCUGACUAACCGUAAUGGAAUAAUGUGUCCCUGAACAAGGGGGGUCAAAAUCAAAAGUAACAGUCAGUAUCUGGUGUGGCCACCAGCUGCAUUAAGUACUGCAGUAAAUCUCCUCAUGGACUGCACCAGAUUUACCAGUUCUUGCUGUGCGAUACCCCACUCUUCCACCAAGGCACCUGCAAGUUUCCAGACAUUUCUGAGGGGAUUGGCCCUAACCCUUAUCCUCCGAUCCAACAGUUCCCAGACGUGCUCAAUGGGAUUGAGAGCCGGGCUCUUUGCUGGCCAUGGCAGAACACUGACAUUAAUGUCUUGCAGGAAAUCACGCACAGAAUGAGCAGUAUGGCUGGUGGCAUUGUCAUGCUGGAGGGUUAUGUCAGGAUGAGCCUGCAGGAAGGGUACCACAUGAGGGAGGAGGAUGCCUUCCCUGUAACGCACAACUUUGAGAUUGCCUGCAAUGACAACAAACUCAGUCCGAUGAUGCUGUGACACCGCCCCAGACCUUGACUGACCCUCCACCUCCAAAUCGAUCCCUCGCCAGGGUACAGGCCUCGGUGUAAUGCCCAUUCCUUCGACGAUAAAUGCAAAUCUGACCAUCACCCCUUGUGAGACAAAACUGCGACUCGGCAGUGAAGAGCACUUUUUGCCAGUCCUGUCUGGUCUAGCGACGGUGGUUUACAAUUUGUUGCCCUGGCCACAUCUGCAGUCCUCAUGCCUCCUUGCAUGCCUAAGGUACAUUCAUGCAGAUGAGCAGGGACCUUGGGCAUUUUCUUUUGGUGUUUUUCAGAGUCAGUAGAACGGUGUCUUCAGUGUCCUAAGUUUUUAUAACUGUGACCUUAAUUGCCUACUGUCUUUAAGCUGUUAGUAUCUUAACGACUGUUCCACAGCUGCAUGUUUGUUAAUUGUUUAUGGUUCAUUGAACAAGCAUGGGAAACAGUGUUUAAACCCUUUACAAUGAAGAUCUGUGAAGUUAUUUGGAUUUUUACGAAUUAUCUUUGAAAGACAGGAUCCUGAAAAAGGGACAUUUCUUUUUUUCCUGAGUUUAUUUGUCAGUGUCGUCAGUUACUCAACCUUCCCCAAAAUGGACUGGAAGAUAUUUGAAAGUGCCAAGAAAUAGGCUUAGAAUUGAAUGUUGGAAUUGGAGCAAAAUAUUAUCUUGAUUUGCAUUUUUACUGGCUAAUGCUGUAAUGGUUGAGGUUUUGGAUUUAGGUAAGUGGAUUAGUAGAGCUUGCCAACAUGAUGGCUGAGAUAUUGUAGAAUACAACUUUGAUCUUCUUUUGCAAAAUGAGUAACGAUAUGACUUUAAAAAUGGCCAGAAGCAAGAUGCAUUACAAGAGAAGAAAACCUGGGUGGUUAACAGAAGUGUUUGAACUUCCUGAUCCAAAGACAAUGAAAGCAGGACAAUACUCCCUUACAUGGGCAAAAACCUAUUUGCAUAGUGCCUUCGGAAAGUUUUCAGACCCCUUGACUUUUUCCACAUUUUGUUACGUUACAGCCAUAUUGUAACAUUUAUUAAAUUUAACAAUGUCCUUAGCAAUCUGUGUUCAAAAGUGCUACCCACGCUGCAAGGAAAUAGGCCUGGACCUCGACAUUGCAUCCAAACCUGCAAAAAACAAAACUUAAAUUUCAGUUACUGGUAAUGGUGUAAAUAUUUACUAAUAGGAUGUAAAAAGGCUAAAGGAUAUGCGUCUUUUAUCUCUGAUAGCCUAGAAUACAUUUUUGAUCUUAAAGUGGAACUGACAGCGUUUUAGCAAUAUGUAAUCUUAGAUCUGUUCAUAUACAUCCCAGGAAGAUUAUAUAUAUUUUUAUUUACCGUUUUCAGACACGUGAUCACUUUUAGAUAUGGUCGUUUUUAUAAGUUCAUUGAAUGUUUGAGAAUGAAGUAUAGUAAGGCAUUUGUGAAAAUUCUAUAAGAAUAUAGUCAGAGGUGUCCACAUACUUUUGUGUAUGGGAUUUGUGUUAACGGUUAAAUCUUUAAAUAGUGGAUUUUGCAGAUUCCCUUGGCCUCCUGUUGGUUCACUUUUGUUCUUGCUGUGAAGACUGAUUUAUUUCUAGACGUAUUUUUUCUUCACCAUUAAACGACAUGUUCAUUGACUAGCCUAACUUUUCUACCUUUCAAAGCCUCUGUAGAUGAACCUCCUGAUCUUUUUUGAUGUAAAUAAGGUGAACAAGGAUAUUUUUUCUAAAUAAGAGUAGCCCUAGGCAUUGGUAAAAAAAAUCCUAUGGAUAAUCUUUUUCUUUUUGCAAGUUUGUUUUUCAGCCAUUUUUUGAGGUACUUAUCAGUGGGCUAUUUCUAUUUCAUAAAAAAAAAAAAUUUGAGGAAAGUUUAAGAAAGACACUGCAUCAAGACUUGCUUUGCAGUUACCCAUACUUUUCUAUUCUAAGGUCAACUAUGAAGUGAAAGUAUUUUUAUUUUUAAGGACACUUUCAUUGACAUUCUCAGGUGUUCCUCUGACACCUGUGGCAUUACAAGGUAUGCAAGUAAAUGUGUGACUGAGAUGCACAUUGCAGCUUUUUCUACUGCUUGCCAUUCAAACUUUAAAACUUGCAAACCGGUCUAUCCGGGAUCCUUGAGACAUCGCUACCGCAUUGUUUUGAAACACCAUGGAAACACUAAGAAUGUACAGCAGCUUUUUUUUAAUGUCUACUUGGCAUUUUCUUUGUUGGACUUUUUGUCACCUUUUUUAGACAAAUGAGUGGAUUGUCUUUGUUUAUAUUUUAAUGAAUAAAUAUCUACUUUUUUUGUCAUUUAGACACUUAUCCAAGUGCUUACAGGUUCGUGGAUGUUUUUGUGAUAUACAUUUUUCUGAGCAGAUGUUAGUUUCAGCCAUUUUUGGAGGCUGAUUUAUUUUAUUUUUUUUCUUGGGAGGAUUAACACACGUUUUUGAGAGUCUUCAUACUUCUCCCAUUUGUGGACUGCCUAAAAGGAGUUUCUUUCUGGCAUACUUUGGAGUGUCUUUGGAACAAAGGGUGCUGCGUCUCUGUGUCAACCGGCUGAGCAUGCGCCCCAAAAGCAGAAUGGGCUUUCCGUCCUUUCUGCCAUGUUUGACAGAACUCUUCAGAAACUACCAUGGUGGUUUCCAGCUUCAGCCAGCCCAGGACUUUAAGAUAGACCGUCUGUCUGGCCUCUCUUAGGUCUCCUGCAAC